UCAACUUUAGUUUUCCUUGGUGGCUCACUUAAUGACAAAUGGGUAGAGAUAGCAGGUCACAUAAGAAGAGAUCUCGUUCCAGAUCAUUAAGCAGAGAUAGGAGUCGGCGCUCUCGAAGUCGAGAAAGAAAUAAGGAGAGGGAAAAGAAGAGAUCUCGUAGUAGGAGCCCAGAAAAAGGAAGAGCUAAAACAAGCCGAAAGCCACGAGAGCGAGAGAGAGAAAGAGACAGAAAAAGAAAACGAUCAGAAAGCAGCUCUUCUCACAGUGCAUCAUCAAGUAGAAGUCGCAGCCGUAGUCCCAAGAAAAAAGAUAAGGAGAAGGAUAGCCAGCAGAGAAAGCGUCGCUCACGAAGCAGGAGUGCAGAAAGGAAAUCAAAGAAGGAGAGGCCUCGCAGUAAGGAAAGAGACAGAGAUAAGGGGAAAGAGAGGAAAAAGCGUUCAAGGAGCCGUGAUCGCUCAAGUUCUCCUGGGGCAAGAUCAAAGAGUAGGAGUCCAGAUAAGGAACCAAAAAAGUCCAAAAGCAGAGACAAGAAGAGAAGAGAGGAAGAUGACAAUUCAGAUCGGAGCAAAGAAACUAAAAAGUCAAAGGAGUCAAAAAAGGAAACCACAAGUUCAAGUGUUGAUGAAAAACAUGAAGAGGAUGAUAAAGAUGCAGAACAGAGAAGAUUAGAGGAUGAGAUGCAGAAGAGAAGAGAAAGGUAA